GGAAAUCAUGUUUCCUCGUACUCUUUCUAUUUGGCACAUACAACGUGUGCAGGGACUGGUUCAGCGCUGAUCAGUUUUGUUUAAAAAAAAUUGAUUACCUCGACCAGGAAAAACUUUAAACAAUGGCGAGUACAAAAACUGACAACCCUGAAAAACCAGGACAAGAAGUAACUCCUAUUCACAGAAUUAGGAUUACGCUUACUUCGCGGAAUGUACGCUCACUUGAGAAAGUUUGUUCCGAGUUAAUCUGUGGAGCAAACAAACAGAAACUUAAAGUGAAAGGGCCAGUUCGCAUGCCUACAAAGAUCCUAAGGAUAACCACACGUAAAACACCUUGUGGAGAGGGAUCAAAAACUUGGGAUCGUUUCCAGAUGCGUAUCCACAAGAGAGUGAUCGAUUUAUAUUCACCAUCAGAAAUUGUUAAACAAAUUACAAGCAUUUCUAUUGAACCUGGUGUAGAAGUGGAAGUCACAAUUGCUAAUGAAUAAAACAUUUGUAUAAAACUGUACAA